AAACCUUCUCUUCUGACACCAUGCAGUACAAUUGCUCCUCUAGAAGCUACUUACCUAGGUUUCGUGGAGAACCAUGCAACAUUCCAGCUGUCUCUGCUGGAUCAAGGGAGGCAGAAUGCCAGAAUGGAAUCUAUUUACCCAGUUCCUUCCAAGGUAGUUCUUGGCUCCUAGAUCACUGUCGAGAAACCUGCAGUGAGUCCACAAGUUGCCAGUCAAGUUGCUAUCCAACGAUUAGCUGCACCUCUGGCUCUAGCCAAGUAACUUCCUGCCAACCAGGAACUUGUCAUACCUCCAGGCCCUUGCAGGUUUCCUUCAGUCGUCCAUGCACCUUUGUCUCCAGUAGCUGCCGACCAUGUGGUGGUGUCUCCAGUGUCUGCCAGCCAACUUGCAACAUCACUAGGCCAUAUGAACGACCUUGUACAUCCAACUGUCGUCCAACGUGCUGAGUAUUCAGGAUCUAAUGAGCAAGACCCAUCAACUGCAUUUUUAGGAUCUGCUGCAUGCUACCCAAUCUACAACUGAUUAUUGACUGCUGACUUUUACUUGAACUACUUCUGACUACCAGCUAUCCAUAAAUUUACUCUUGGUUACCUACGAGUUUCCUGGCCAAGUGAAGCUUAUCUUAAAGGCUGCUCAUUGAAUCAAUAGAAUCUUCAAAUAUUUUCAGACAUUCUCCAUGUAAGCAUAUGUUUUGAUGAUUUUGACAUUUCAAGCUUACUAUAUUUCUUUUCCUUCAGUGUCUUGCUGUGUAUUUCUGAAUAAAGUUGCAUUAACUGUCAUUGCAAACAA